AUGGAGAGGAUGUGUGAAAGGGAAUUAAGGGGGUCGGCGCUAAUGAACUUACCACUACACGACAAACAACACGCCUACAGUCUAGGCAAAUCAACAGAAUCGGCACUUCACCAGGUAAUAACAAAGAUUGAAGAGGCCAUCCAAAACAUAGAAAUAUGUCUAGGUUCCUUCAUUGAUAUAGAAGGUGCUUUUGAUAGAACGAACUUCUCCAGCAUAAAAUGUGCACUCAGUAGACAUAAAGUUGAACCGGCACUGAUUGACUGGAUAGUAAACAUGCUCAGUACACGAAUAAUAAAGAUUGUUGGUGAAUCUCAACCAAUCCAAAUUAAGAAAGGGUGGGGUUCUCUCCCCUCUCCUGUGGAAUAUGGUCAUUAA